GAUCUACAACAGCUGAUCAACACAUUGCAAUGUACCACUCAUCACAAUAUUAAACAAAACACAAAAACUGCUCGAAAUACACAUAAAAUAAAACAUUACAUGAAACAAACAAUAAACCAAACAAACAAAACAAUCACAACGCACAAGAACCAACCAACAAGGGACCACAUGAAACUCAGAUCACAACAUACAGGACAUAACAAAACCGAACAAAACAACACGGGAAAGACAACACAACAACAUCAACACACAACCGGAGCAUACAGGAUCGGUCGCGAAAUGGAACCACAUCAUCCACAGCUAACAUACUCAUGAAAGUUAAGAUUAUUGGUUGUUUGAAUAUUAAUUUUCCUUUUGUUUCAACAGUUCCAUCUGUGAGCCACAAACCACCUCAGUGACCAUGGAGACUAUUACUACACGCAACACGCUAUAGAAAAAAUUAAGGAAAAAGUGCCGCUAUUUUUAAAGUGUUAUAUAUAAAAGUAUAUAAAAGGAAAAAAUGUUAAAAUACAUAAAAAAAAGUGCCGCUAUAAAAAAAAAAUAUAUAAGAAAAGUAUAUAUAUAUAUUGAAAAUUAAUAAGCUUACAUGAAUAUUAAAAAGAAAAAAUUAUUUUAUGAAUACCCUAAUUGUGUUAUUACAAGUAAAUAAAGUGUACAUACAUGCAUACAUAUAUACGUACAUAUUAAAUGUGGAAAAAAUUAAAUGUGAAAAAAUUAAGAAAAAAAUAAAAUAAAGCAAAAAGAAAAUUACAAAUAAAAUCAAACGGGAAAAAAAGAGUUCAAUUUAAAAACAGAAAUAAGAGAAUUUCUGUAUCUCUCCCACUCAUUCAUCAAGAGAGCAAACAUCACUCAUUCAUCAAGAGAGCACAUCAAGGGCAUAUCAGUAAGAGAACAUCUCAACAACAAGAAGGAAGAAAGAACAAAAGCAAGUACACUCAAACGAAGUAAGAGAAAGCAAUUCAUCAAAUCUAAAUAAAAGCGAAAUAUAUUUGUGGACAGAUUCAGCUAUAGUCCUUGGAUGGUUAUCAAAACCACCUUCAUCAUGGGAAACUUAUGUGGCAAACAGAACAUCACGAAUACAUGAAUUAAUGACUAAUGUCACAUGGCGACAUGUUCCAACACAUGAUAAUCCAGCUGAUUUGGGCACACGAGGUUGUAAAGCACAAAAUUUGGUAAAUAAUUCACUUUGGUGGAAUGGACCAUCAUGGUUAAAAAAACCAUCAUCAGAAUGGCCUAAACGAAAUAUAUUAAAUAAUAACCCAGAAAAUAAAGAAAUACAAUCUCUAAACGUUCAGCUUGAAACGGAUGACAUCCUAGACAAUUUUUCAUCAUAUGGCAGAGCUUUACGGGUAAUAUGUUACAUUUUUAGAUUUUUCCAUAAUACUAAUAAGAAAAUGCGUAAAAAUUUAAAACAUAAUACUCAAAUUGCAUUGACACAAAAUGAAAUGAAAUUUGUAAAGUCAAGACUAAUUGUUUUAGCUCAAAAAACAUUUUAUAACGAAGAAUAUCAAUGCGUAAGUAAAUCAAAAGAUAUUUCAAACAAAAGUACGCUGAAAAGUUUAAACCCAUUCAUAGAUAAAGAUUCAAUUUUGAGAGUAAAUGGUAGAUUAGCUCAUUCAUCACGACCAUAUGGCGAACGUUAUCCCAUAAUUUUACCUGGCAACUCCCGAUUUUGCCAAUUAUAUUUACACCAUUUGCAUGAGUUUCUCUUUCAUGCUGAAUGCGGUCAAAUGUACCGAAUAAUACAAACUGAAUUUCUCAUAUUCAGACUAAAACCUUGUAUUAAGAAAAUAAUCCGUAACUGUAAAAUAUGCUUAAUAUAUAAAAAGCAGCCAUGCUCUCAGAUAAUGGCUCCCUUACCUCCGGAAAGAUGUAAUCUCUCUCUUCCUUUCCAGGUAACAGGUAUUGAUUUUGCUGGACCUUUUGAGUUAAAAACGUCGAUUCUAAGAAAAUCUCCAAUAACUAAAGGAUAUGUAAGUGUAUUUGUAUGUUUUAGCACGAAAGCUGUCCAUUUAGAGCCAUGUUCAGAAUUAUCCUCAGCGGCAUUCCAAGCUGCCUUCGCUCGAUUCAUUGGGAGGCGGGGGCUCCCCCAAAGGGUAGUUACGGAUAAUGGACGAAAUUUCUUAGGUGCUAGUAGAAUGCUGGAACGAGAAUUUUCUGCGUUUGUUAAAAAUAGUGCCCAAGAUGUAGCGCAGAAAUAUAUAACACAUGGGUUUGAAUGGAAAUUCAUCCCACCUCAUGCUCCUCAUAUGGGCGGCCUCUGGGAAGCAGCCGUAAAAAGCUUCAAAUAUCACUUUAAACGAAUUGCUGGGGCUCACAAAUUCACCUUUGAGGAAUUCGCCACAAUUUUAGCACGAAUAGAAGGAGUACUCAAUUCCCGGCCUAUAUCAGCAGUAUCAGAAGACCCUUCAGAUCUCACAGCUCUAACGCCAGGACAUUUUUUAAGAGGUGCCCCUUUGAUGGCAUUCCCUGAACAAGAUUGUUCGAAUAUGUCGGUAAUAAAUAGAUGGGAAAAGCUGAAGGUUAUACAUCAUCAAUUUUGUCAACGAUGGAAAAAUGAUUAUCUAAAAUCACAUCAUAAAAGGUAUAAGUGGAAAACCUCAUCUCAAAAUAUGCAGGUUGGAGAUUUAGUCAUUAUUAUGGACGAUCUACUGCCGCCUCACGAGUGGAAUCUUGGCCGAAUUGAAAAAACUUGUUCCGGUUCAGAUGGUAAUGUACGAACUGCCGAGAUACGAACUGCUAAUGGGGUAAUUAAACGACCUAUCGUCAAAUUGUGUUACCUACCUUUUCUAAAUCAAGAAGAAGCUCAGGUAGACUCAAACCUUAAAGUUCAAUCCUCUUUUUCAAAAUAAAAUUAAAAUUUAUAUCUCAAAUAUCUUAGUUUAUCUUUAAUUUCUACCAUAGCUUAAAAAUGAUGUAUUUAAAAUAUCCUAAUAAAAAUUUAUUAUUCAAAUUUCAAGGAUGUUUGAUGACUGAUAACCCAUAUUCAAAUUUGCAAUCCAACCAUUUCCCUAUAAUAUACUAAUUGAACUAUGUUUUCCUUUUAUCUAUCACCACAUCAGGUCCAAUCGACGACUAACCGCCACUCGGGUCCCUAAUGAAAAUCAUAGCCCUAAUGAAGAGAGAAGCGUGGUACCAAGAGACUUAGAGGUGUUCUACUGUGUGAUAUGCACAGGAUAUCACGGGCUCAAGUUCUGUCGAAGAUUUAGAAGGAUGACGCCACAAAAGAGAAGGGACAUAGUUGAACGACUAGGGUACUGUGUUAAUUGCUUGGCUAAAAGCCACAGCAUCCGGUCAUGUACCUCAAUGGAGGCGUGCUUAAAAUGUGCACAAUUGCACCAUACCCUGUUGCACCUAACAAGAACAGUCAGCCCACGACCGAGAACUACCACCAGCAGCAGUCGACGCAGUCUCGAUAACUCCGAGACCCACCAACAGCAUCGUCAACACCAACAGCUUCGUCAACACCAGCAGCAUCGUCAACACCAUCGUCAAAACCGACAACAUCAACCUCACCCUCAUCAUCACCAACAUCAACAUCAACAUCGUCAUCAUCAACAUCGUCAUCAUCAACGUCAGCAACAUCAUCAUCAUCGUCAGCAACGUCAUCAACUUCAACAACGUCACCCAACUCCACAACCGCCAGCUCCAGUUGCAUCUCCUGCUACAAAUACAACACCCGCUCCAGAUCAACACAUCUUGGCUGAAGCUAUAAAAUCGUUAGUCAACGUCCUAUGCUAUCAAAGCAAAAAGGAGUAAAUAGGCAAGGUUCGAGGCCGGCGCCAUGUUGAAACCAAUAUUUAAUUGUUUUUUUUAUAUAUAUUAUUCAAUGAAUUAUUAUUACAAUUAGUAUUAAGUUAUGAAUUGUAUUUUGAAUUUGAAUUAAAGCAUUAUUAGUAGAUUAAGUUUAAGUGUAUUAACUGAAUUAUAAAAUUGAAUUAUACAAAAUUAAGUACUAUUUGAAUUUUAUAUAUUAGUAAAUUAAUGGUUAGUAUCUAAUAUAAAAUGAAUUGAAAAUAAGUACUACCUUAAUAUAAUUAAUAUAAAAUAUAAUGAUCAUUAACUAAAAGAUGUUAAUAAUUAAGUAGAUAACAAAUAAUGUUGCUAACGGUUUUUUUUAAGAAGAUAAAAGAUUUCCAACCAACUGUUCGGGUUUUGGAAAAGAAGUUAGGUGUAAUUAUAAAAAUAGAAUUUGUAAUCUGUCACUUCUUGCUUGGCAACAGAACUAUUCAGUUCAUUUCAUCCACAAUAACCCAAUAAAAUUGAAACAUUUAUAACGUUUUUAGAAAAAAAAAAGAACCUUUAAACUCUUUUCCUCAAAUUGGUAAAUACAAAAUCACACAUACAACAAGGUAAAGUAAAAAAAAGGGAACACAUACUCCUCUAAAACAUAAGUAUAUAUAUUUGUAUAAUAACAAUAUCUCUUAUUUCCCUCAUAAUUAACUCCAAUAAUUAAAAUCACUUUCUGAGUGAUUAAAAUUAUUCAUUUUCUCCCAAAAAAACCAAGGGUUCCUCAUCCUCAAAAGGAGAAAAUUUAUUAAUAAUUUGUUUUAUCUUUCAUACAAAUUAUUUCAAUGGUCAUGAUCCCUGCCAGCAAAUUUGAGUUUAAUUUUGGAUACAUGAACUGAAUAGUCACUAUAAAGGCUCAAUUUUAUGUUUCUCAGUGCUAAGUUAAAAAAUUUACAAAAACAAAAUACAGUACUUUCUAAUUUUGAUCAUAAUUUUGUUAAAUUUUAGUGCGUUUUAAUAUACCAAAAGCAAAAUUAAAUGAUAAUAAGUAGAUAGAAUAAAAAUUUCAAAAACUAACACUUUUUAAUACAAUAAGAAGAUAGUUUAAUGCAGAAUCAUUCUUGCUCUCAAAAUUAAGAAGGAAAAGUGUUUGCACAUUUCAGUAAAUAUAUUUAUUUCAUUGUGAUCAGUUGUGUGAUAUAUUGUGAAAUUUAGAUUUUGUAAUAAAUUGUGUUAAUUUAAAAUUUAAUAUAUCUAAAACAUAGUUUAAUAUAAAAUAAGCAUCAGUGAGAGAUUAGUGAGUGCAAAACAGUAUAA